AGAGUAUUAACACAGUACACCGCAGGAUUCAAUUUAUUCUUAUAUGUAAUGCAGGUUUGUCUUUAAACUGCCAUUUGUAGAUUUUGAGAUGUGCCUUAAACUUCUUGGGACGUUUCUGCAUUUUCUUGUUAUUGUUGCUGCAAUCCCAUGUGACGAUACUGAUCCAGUGUUCCAGCCAUGUCUCGACAAUUACUUUGGCCCAGUGGCACCUGGUGAAGAUGCACUACUCUGCGUUGAUCCUUUUACAGGGGGAGAAGUAGGAGUGUGUGAUGAAGCUAAUUGUAACUGUAGCUCUGGUGUUAUAGAUGCUUCAGAGACUUUUCGCAGACAUGGAGAAGACCUUAUCGGCCUGGACUCAUCUACACUGACGGGAAGUGCAAAGACAGCAUUUGACGAAGUGUUGGAAAAAGCCGAUAUGGCACAGAUUAAAGAAGAGACAAGUGUUUACAUUUUACUAGCAAAUGAAGAAGCACUUAUAUUAUUUGUACGAGGUCUGUCAGGUGGAACGUUUGUCUGUCAAGGACUGAGUCAGUUAAUGAAUACGUUAUGGAAUCUAAAAACUGCAAUCGAUGAUGCGAUUGUUGUGUUUGAUGCAUUGCCACAGCAACCAGCGACAGAUGCAAUUUUGAAAGUUUACAGAGAAAAUAGUAACUUCCUGAACUGGAUGAAAAUUAUAUAUUUUCCUAAAAUCCUUGAUUUGCUUGAGUUGGAAUGUACCAAAGAUGACCACUGUGGCGAUCGCCAUAAACCAUAUUGCAUUGUGGGAAUGGACCAAUGUUUCUGCAGUGCCGAAUGCCGCAACGAUAAUGACUGUAAUGAACUUUCGAAGCCAAACUGUCGCUCCAACCGUGCCGGAAUUAUGAUUUGUGGAGACCCCCAUGUGUCUCAAACUAUCAAAGGAACGCAUCACAGACUGUGUUAUGAUUUCUAUGGAAAACCAGGAGCAACAUACAUGUUUCUAAAAGACAGAGCAAUAGAGGUCGUGGCAACCUUUAUUGAUGCCAAAAAUAUCACAGCAGGAUCUUUCGUGGAAUAUGUAGGCACGCUCGGGAUUAAAAUGGGAGAAACUCAUAUUCUUAUUACACCUACAAAAAUACAAGUGAACAUGAAAGAAACAAAAACUUACUACUGGGUUGCACAGAAAAUAAACCUUGAUAUUGGAUGGAUUUCGGUUACCAGAAAACAACUCCAUGUUUUUAUCGAGGAGGCUGAUGUUAAAGUUAAAGUUCUGGUUACACGAAAGGGAAAGGCGAGUGGAUUGCCGUUCUUGAAUUUUGGCAUCACUGAGAUUGAGGAAUUAUCAGAGAGUGCAGAAGGAAUUAUGGGUUCUAUAGGAAACGAAGCAAUGUUUCACGCCGCAAGAGACAAUGACGGAUUUGUCACAUGGUCUGACAUCACAAUCCCAGUGAAACUUGACAAACAGAACUGCGUUAAAAUUGUUGAACAUUUUCGAGGGAACUUCACCGAUAGACUACAGGAGUUUGAAAUUAUGGACGCAUACGGGUAUGACAUCAAUUGGAAUGACAUGAACGAGAAUGAUGAUACCCUAAGAUAUGAUGAAAAUGAAAUCUCCCUUUAUGCAGAUGAUGAUGACGAUGAUGAAAAUGAUGAAGACAGUGUUAUUGCAUAAUGUACAUCUAUAAGAUGGCCUCUAUAUCUUAACAGUUGUAGAAAAUAAAGCCAUAACGCUUUAAUAAUGAUUUGCCUUUCACUUAAUAUUCUUUUC